GCGAAAGUACACCACUGGGUUUAAGUGCUUUUGGAUUAGGGGCGAGGGGCCUGAGAAGAAGGAGGUGCAAGCUUGGGAAUUUCCAGAUUCGAUUUCAUAUAAAGCGGAGGGGCGCACAGAUUCUCAGCUGCGCACGGUGCUUCGGGGAUGUCGCGGUUUUGCUCGGUCCUGUAUCAAUCUGCAGUUCGAACAGCUUUGGCCAUCUUUCGGUCUGAGGACGACUCCUGCUGCACAACGCCUGGAUUUAAAAGCAAUCUGACCGCCACCUCCGAACAGGCUGACCUAAGUGUGCUGAGGAGGUGUAGAAGCAAGAGCCUGUUGUUCAUAAACCCGUGACUUCUGGCAGAGGUCCCACACCGGACGCCGAUCACUCAACCAGCGCCUGUUGCAGUGUAGCGCUGCGAGGGGCCGAGAAGACUGAAGGAGGGAAUUGUGCCCAGAGUGACUGCUGUUUCCAAGGACAUUCCUGGGUUUCAUCAUUCUGCAGUAUGCCGUGCCCGUGUGUCUCACGCCUCGGAACGCUGUUGGUCCUGCUUUGGGUGUUGCCUCCUCUGAUGACAUCCUCCACUCCUUCGACACUCUGCACAUCCCUCACCACUCUGAAGUCCGGCCUUCAAUCCCCCCACCGGAGGCAAUUAUUGAAGCACAAUUUCCCCUUGAAUUACACCAUCAGAGUACGUCCCCAGGAGGUUUUCAGGCUGCAUAACAUCAAUAAGCUGAAGGCCAAGGUACCGGACUUGAAGCUUAGACACUUGCAGCAUCUUUGGGUGAUGGUGAACCAAGAGGUGUUAAAGAAAACCCUUCGUAUACUUCCUGAGAGACACCCAUCCCGCCGACACAUCUCGGACCUCGAGCGGCUCCUGAAAAUGGUGCAGCAGGUCCAACAUGAGGUAGAGGAAGAGGCAGAGGAAGAGGAGCCUCCAGAGGAAAUAAAGGAUAUCAUGGCCAAGCUAAGGGAUUCUGAUGUCAGGACCUGGAAGUGGGUGACUCCCAAAUCUUUGGUGGACAACUGUUUCCGUACCAUGCACUGUCUAUUUGACGACUGCUUCCUCAACAGCAAUGCGGACUAUUGUAACUUCGCGAGUUGGAGGAAAGACCGAAAGCCGACUUUGCAAGCCUGAAGGAAGCGCGCUUUCUUCCAUGGAAACUUCAUGUUCGAUUGCCAUAAACCUCCCUGGCCCCUGCAGGGUGUGAGAUGGCAGUGCAUAUCCACUGACAGAGACUUGCCAUGUGCAUCCAGCCUGCUCUCUGGAUUUUUCUAAGGAUUUUUCUAAAAAGGAUUUUCGGCUGAAACUACUGCUAUGCCAGAACGGCUGCACCAUGAUGGCAUAUCUGGCUGCGACUAAAGACGCCCAUGAGUGUUUCAGCGGCUCUGUGCACACCUGAGCUCCUGCAGACAUGCUGAAAAAGCUGCACUGUGCGUUGCAGUUAGCAACUGUAAUCUUUUAAGGCAAUAUUGUUUGUGCAGACUUGCAUACAGGACUUCAGUCAGCUGCUGGCAAGCUGGUUACGUUCUUCAGCGUGGGUCUUCAGGGCUUUGCUGUAACUUACAGGAAAAAGUCCUGCUGGUACGUUUUGAAAAAGUUUAUUAAGAGGCAAAAUGAUCUAGUUAAAAGAUGCAUAUAUUUUAUGAUGAGGAUCUGGUUUUGGUAUAAGAUUUGUUGCAAAACAUUAACCAUGUUUGUACUCCGUAUUUAUUAAUAUUUGUUAUGAUGAUGAACUGAAAUAUCAAUGCCACGAUAAUUCUCUUGCUUUGUCUUGCUGCUUAUGAAUUCGUCCUCAUUGUGUGUGGUGAAAUCGAGCCCUGGACUAGUGUCCAUAUGUAAGCAUCUCAGCACCUGUUCCUUAGCAAUGUAGCAUGAAUGUAGCCUUUCCCGAUCCAAGCCGAGGCUGGAAUGCCUACCGAUAAUGUUAUGUAAAUGAAAUGACCUUCUGCAAAAAAAGGAUGCAAAAAUCAUGACAUAGUUUUCUCCAGUAGCAGCGAACAAGAAAACUCUUUAGCCAAAAUAUUAUUGUAAUUAAAUAUUUAUAUGCAUAAGGCUGAUUCACUCCUGGCAUUUUGAUCAGCAAUUUCACAUUCACGUGGGAAAAAUGCACAGCCAAUAGAUUUAGGGGUUUUUCCCCAUUCCUUCGUACAUAUCGCUCCAGUGGUCAGUGAUUUUUUUGAUCGUCAGCGGGAUUUAUGUCCAGGUUACGCCAAACCAUUCCAGAUUUUCUCUUCAAGUCAUUCCUGUGAAAUGCUAGCUAUGUUUUGUUCUGUAGGAUAUCUUUGUUUUUAUCGAAAUUGGUUCUCCUCCGGGAUAUAUCUGUAUUUGGCUUCACUCUUCUUGUCCUUGAUGAACAGCUUCUGAUUCCCUCCAGCUUAAAAACACCCCGAUAUUAUGAUCCUACCCCCCAAUAGUUAAAUGGUAGCGAUAGUUCUAUUUGGGUAAUGGAACGCGUUAGACCAAAAAAAGCUCACCAUUAUUUUCUUUACCCUAUAAAAGAAUGUUCCGGAAGGCCUCCGUGUCUGUUGGCGAGCUUUAGGCAUGAUUUUUAAUUUUGGCCAUUCCUUUCGCCAUUUACACAAGUGCAAGGAAGUUCCAGGAGCAGUUCUUCUGCCUUCAAGACAGCAGAACUGGACAAACUCUCGUCCGUAGACUUAUGAGUGCUCCAGCCCGCCCCUUAUUUUCUAUGUCAUUCUGUAUUUGAACUUUUUCCUGCUGUCCUGUCACAGAGACACAGAGAUCGGCCAAAAUAGAUGAUAAAACACAUUGAUGCUCUUUUUUGGACAUAGCAAAAUAUAAAUCUACAGUGCUGACUAUAAAUUUGCUCAAAUGGGACUCGUCGUAGUACCACCUGCAUGCCAUUUGCGUACAAAACAGGGUUGUGCACCAUUUAGAAUUGACUUGAGAUUGACCUUCAUAAUCUAAUUAAAUUCAUAAAUCAGCUGAAAACAUGGUGCAGAAUCGCAAUUUGGCUUUGAAUUUAAGGAAACAAAAUUACAAUGGAACUGAUUUCACAUUAAUUCAUAUAUAGUGUAAGGAUUGUAAACAGCUUUAACAACACAGCUUAAUAUUUCAAUAUAAAUUACCCACCAUGUUAACAUACACAGCAUACACUGAAUCCCGCCCCCACCCCCCACCACAUGAUCGUGAAUAUUUAUGGCAGCAAAAAGUACCUGUUGGCCAUGUCCCAUAUUUGAGCAGCUGCCUGAAAUGUCUGUGUAUGUCACUGUUGUUCAUAAUGAAUGCCACACGUAAAGUUUCAGUUAUUGAAUAAAUAGUUUAACUGUGAUUUUGUGCACCGCGGUGAAAGAGCACUUCAUACACUCAAAAAUGUAUCGCUAUCAGAACCAUAUCCAUCUGACAGGCAACAGGAAAAGCUACUGCAUGCAGACUCAUCCCAAAUGGAAACACACAUAGACAGUUAAAUAUGCAAAAUCAAUAAAUAUGUGCACAUGGAGAGGCACUUACAGGGCCGACAUAAACCAAAUGCUUAUUGGUAGAUUGGGCUAAAUCUACCACGUUGGAGGUAAAUCUGUUAUGUAAUUAUUUAUGUUUUGCUAGGUUAAAUGACAUUCUUGUAUUGUAUGACUGCGUUGAAUUGAAAUGAAUUAAAUUCUUCUUAUUAUCGUU